AUGCCUCACCAAUACCACUUCGACGUCACCAUGUCAUGUUCCGGAUGUUCCAAUGCCGUUUCCAGAGCAUUGGGAAGAUUGGACGGCGUGCUAGACACCAAAACGAACUUGGACACCCAGACAGUUGAUGUCACCACCAUUGAUACUGUCGACUACGACACAGUGUACAACACUAUUUCCAAGACAGGAAAGAAGAUCAACGGAGGUCUGGUGGUAAACUAA